CUCAAAACUGAUUGGCCGCUCAGGCACGUCAAUCACGCAUGCACACGCCCUUUGAUAAUGCAGCAUGGGGGAGAGAACGUAACAAAAUGAAGGCUUCGUAGCGGAAUAUAGUCUUCACAUCAAAACAGAUCAAACGAUUCGCGAUCAUUCACGGAUGGUGACACACAAUGCCGAUAGUGGACAAGCUCAAAGAGGCCCUGAAGCCGGGCCGCAAGGACUCCAGCGAUGAAGGCGACCUCAACAAGUUGCUGGCAUCAUCUGCUAAGAAAGUGCUGCUGCAGAAGAUCGAGUUUGAACCGGCCAGCAAAGGCUUCAGCUACCAGCUGGAAAACCUCAAAACGAAAUAUGUGAUCCUAAAUCCCAAGAAUGAUGGGGCAGCAGCACAGAGACCAUCUGAACCUGCUCAGAUUAAGAGACAAAUAUCUGAGAGCCUGAGCGUUGGGCAGAGCGAUGGGAUCCCUGCCCCACAGAAGAUGCUCUUCCCUGGGAACAAGCUGUCCAUGAAGUGGGAGCGGGUGUAUCGUGUCGGAGCCGGACUCCACAACCUGGGCAACACCUGCUUCCUCAACUCCACUGUGCAGUGUCUCACCUACACCCCACCGCUGGCCAACUACCUCCUCUCAAAGGAGCACAGCCGAUCCUGUCACCAAUCUGGAUUCUGCAUGAUUUGCGUAAUGCAGAACCACAUCAUCCAAGCCUUUGCCAACACGGGCAAUGCCAUCAAACCUGUAUCGUUCAUCCGAGAUCUGAAAAAAAUUGCUCGCCAUUUUCGGUUUGGGAGCCAAGAGGAUGCUCAUGAGUUUCUGCGUUACACCAUCGAUGCCAUGCAGAAAGCUUGUUUGAACGGAUAUCCCAAACUGGACAGACAGACACAGGCCACCACGCUGGUCCACCAGAUUUUUGGGGGUUAUUUGAGGUCAAGAGUGAAGUGUUCUGUUUGUAAAAGUGUGUCAGAUACCUAUGACCCAUACCUGGACAUCGCUCUGGAGAUUCGGCAAGCGGCCAACAUCGUACGCGCUCUGGAACUAUUUGUCAAGCCUGAUGUUUUGAGUGGCGAGAAUGCCUACAUGUGUGCCAAAUGUAAGAAGAAAGUUCCAGCUUCUAAGCGGUUCACAGUUCACAGAACAUCAAAUGUGCUGACACUGUCACUUAAACGAUUCGCCAACUUCAGUGGAGGGAAAAUUACCAAGGAUGUCGGCUACCCAGAGUUCCUGAACAUUCGUCCAUACAUGUCCCAGAGCACUGGAGAUCCUGUCAUGUACGGCCUCUAUGCUGUGCUUGUGCACUCGGGCUACAGCUGCCAUGCUGGACACUACUACUGCUAUGUCAAGGCCAGUAAUGGGCAGUGGUACCAGAUGAAUGACUCAAUGGUGCAUUCCAGUAACAUCAAGGUUGUCCUUAAUCAGCAGGCCUAUGUCCUCUUUUACCUGAGGAUCCCUGAAAAGAAAAAUACAGAUGCUUCAAAUAUAAAGCAGAACAUGGUGCACUCUGGGAGAACUAACAUGACACCGGAGCAGCUGAAGAAGAGCACAUUCAAUGGACCUUUGUCUUCGCCACAGGUUGCAAAGAAGCUUGAUCCCGCUCAGCUGAGAAAAAUCCAGUCUGUGGAUGGAGGGCUUGGUAUUCCAGUAGCCAGGAACUGCUCAGGACUCCAAUCGCCGAAGAUGUCUAAUGGUACGGGCAUGUCUCAUGCCCUGCCCAAGCCGCCCAGUGGACCCACACUGAUCGAGGAGUCUUUUAAGAAAGUGAAGAAGCCCAUACCUCAGCCUCAGUCCCGCAGCAGCACCCCCGCUCCAUCCAACGGCCUCUCCAAACCCGACACCGACAAGAGGAGCAACAGCGAGGGCCGCGGCCUGCCAUCAUCUACCUCACUCAAAUCCCUGUCUGACAGCUCCUCAGCAGACACCUCCUCCGACUCGAAAGAGUCUAUUGGCACGAGGAGCGCGCCUGUUGGCGACACGUCUGGUGUGAACGCUGCAUCAUCUCCAGCUAAGAGCAUGGACCGCGUGAACUCAGAGGAGCAGAAGGUGGUGAAGCUCAAACCCCAGGCCCUCACCAACGUCACAUCAGAGGCCGUCAGCACCAUGUCCCCCCCGCCCGCCAAACGACUCGCCCUGUCCGCCAAGAAGGCCAGUCCCCGGCAGAGCCCGAGCAGCAGCACUGAGGCUCCGCCCCCUUCAUCUCUUCAUCUGUCCAGUGAUCUUCUCAGCCAGGCCUCAACUCACCCGCUCCACAGAUUUUCAACUCAUUCGUUCAACCUGCAGUCUCCACCUUCAACUUGCCUCCCUAAAUAUUCAAGUCCCCUUAAACAUCCCUCCUCCACUCUGGAGCUGCCGGCUCAUGCUCUCUCCACACAGACCAAUGGAAUUCAGCCUCAGCCGCCCCGUACACUCAGACCAAUCCAGAGCCAAAUCCCGUCAGCCUCAACUACAGGACUUCCCCAGGAACUCGCCAGUCCCACGCUAAAAAAGAAGAAAAAGAAACUAAAACGACGACAUUCAGAAGUAGAGCAGGACGCCCCUAAAGCCUCACCCCCAGAAGAACCAAAGCCAAGUACUGAACACAGGCAGAAGAAGAGGAAGAAGAAGAGGAAACGUGAGCAGGAGGCAGAUGGUCUUGAGGUCCAGAGGGAGAGCGUGCAGUCCCAUCUCGAGCCCCAUCAGGAUGAGGACUGGUGUCUUGGAGAAACUUGGAGCCUCAUCUCAGAAGCCAAGGGAAAUAAGAUGGAGUCAUCUAAAGCAGCAGAGAAUUGUCAGACCAAACCUCAGUCAGUGCCUCCAGUUGGCCGGCCAGCAGCAGACCCCGUCCCCAAAAAGAAAAAGAAGCACAAACACGUGGAGCAGCUGGAAGAGCUCAGAAAUGGAGCCACAGUUUCAAAGUGUGCUGUUGUAAAAGAUGUUGGAGGUGCAAACGUGAAGACAGAGGACCUAGGAGAGACCAAGAAGAAAAAGAAAAAGAGAAAACAAAAAGACUUCAGAGAAGAGGAGGAAAAGCCGAGGAAUAAAGAAAAACAUCACCAGGAGCUUCAAGAGACCAAUGGAGACGAGUCUCCUAGUCCGAAGGGAAACACGGAUAUGCAGAAACCAAGUAAACUGAAUGCAGCUGCAGUGAUCGUUUGGGACAGCCAGGUUCAGGACGGCUACAAGCGCAAGCAGAACCAUCAGGAAGAGGAGGACGUGUCGAGGAAAGGCCCGUGCUCCGCCCCUAAGGGCUGGGAUGGCAAGAAAAGCUGUGAUGUUGUCGAGGAGCUCCUCAAGAACUCCUCAGAUAAAGCCUAUGGAACUGAGGUUCUCAGUUGGGAUGGAGAUCCGUCGGCCAUCAGCAGAGACGCCAUAGAGGAUGUACGCUAUGCCAAAAACGAUACUGUCCUUGAUGAGUGGGACAGGGAGUUUGACAGUGGAAAAGUGAAGAAAAUGAAAAAAUACAAAAAGGAGAAGAGAAGGAAUGGAAACGUCUUCCAGAAAAUCCAAGAGCAUCGUAACAUGUGGUCGGUCACGCCGGGAGGCAGGCGGAGCAGUUUGGGCUAUCGCCAUUGAAAGUUUUGAAAUGCGGAUCCUAUGUGUGUUUCCCCUGAGCAGACCAGUUGCCUUAUUGGAUCAGAAGCAGUCGGAUCCGUCUCAGAUUCCUCUGAAGAACACGAGUCCACCCAGAACGCUGCAGUACUGUGAAAUAAAGCGAUGAGGCUGAGGUCAUCUGCUGAGGCUUUAUACACCAUCUGAAAUGCCUAACGGUGCCAUUAUGAUCUUAGGAUCAUAGUAAAUGAGGCAAACUGUAGAGUCAGCACCCUGUUAACCUUUGAUGGUCUCAAUUAUUCUUAUUGUAAUAAGAACAAAUCUUCACCAGGGCCAGUUUUAUCUAGGCAAGACUCGGGCUGUAAUGGCCACUGAUGCAUGAUCUGAGGUCUUCUAUUGAGAGGAGAAACUUUAUAAACGCAGGAAAACGAAGCCCCUCCCUCCAAUGUUUUAAACAUAAUUUAUCUGACUCAAUAAAUAAUUGCAUUGUUUCCAUUGGGGGACUUUUGCUCACUUAAUUAUUUAGCUUUUUCAUAUUUGAGCCAGUUACUCCAGAUAUUAUUAGGCAUUUAUUUGCCUGUGUUGCCUUUUAGUUUGCCACACACACAUACACAGCCCCAGUGUCUUACAUUGCAAUACAUUUAUUGCUUGUGAUUGUAUAUUUUCAUGUCUUGCCUGCUUGAAUACUAGCCCAUCUUCCUCAAACCUACCUUUGCAGUGACUUUUUCUUCAAACAGAACUCUAUUCAAUAACAUUUUUGAAGUGAAACGAGUCUUUUGUGAGAAUUUCCGCUGUCUCUCUAAAGCAUCUCUUCAGAUGUCCCAAAACGUCACCAUUUCCAGUCAGAUGACGUGGUCUUUUAUGCACAGUGCUGCAUACAACAAUGCAAUACAUUUCAUCAGUGUGAGCUAAAAAAAAAGCAGGCCUUAACACAAACCACUGUGUUUUGCCAGGAGGGGUGAAUUCCUUAAUAAUCGGAGUAUGCCCUUGUCUUUGAUUUAGCGUGUCCCAUCUCUUUUCUACUCUCUAUGCAACAAAAGCAAUCCCAUGGAUGCUCUAAUCCAGGGAAAGACUCUCCAAAAGCUGGUCCAAACAUCAUCUCUGUGAGCUGUAAACACCCUGUCAUGGUCCACGUCUGUUAACCGUGCAUUGGGUCAAAUGAUGUACAUGCUUAUCCACUGAAGAGCUGUCAUAGGAGUAAACCAAUGUUGACGCUUUCCUAUUUAGAACAUUGUACAGUCUUACCUUGUGCUCUCUGUGACCCCCUCCAGUCAUUCUUGUUGUUAAACACCAUCCCUUUCAUGAAUCCUUGGGUUUUAGAAAAGUUGCCUUGGUUUAAUUUUUAAAAAUGAAUAGAACAUAUUGCAAAUUAUACUUAUUGAAACGUGUUAAAAUGCACAUUGCUAAACAGAAGCCUAAUGUAUUUAAGGUCUGUGGAAUUGUAAAUGGGAAGUUCUAUUAAAACAAUAGAUGUGUGUUUGAAAGACUGCUCUGAAGUCUUGUUCAGGAGCCAGACAAAGACUUCCCUAUGCGUUCUGUAGGAUGUCUGUAUUCUCUUAGAAAUUCACUUGAGAUAGGUUGUUUUCAAAGAGGUUGGAUGCUGAAGAACAGUGUCUUUGUCAUAUUUGAAUCGAUGGUUCUGUACCUAAUGCCUUUUCUGAAAAGGAGAAGUCAUUCUGUAUUGCAAAUACAUAAAUAUAGAUAUACCUGGUGCAAUAAAGUUGUGACUUUUGUGAAA